AUGACUUUCGUCCCGAAUUUCCCACCAUCCAUUCUCCGGAAGGUUGAAGAAGAGUCAGAUGGCAAAAAGAAAACGAAAGAAGACUUUAAGAAAAUGAAGGAGAUUGAGGAGGCACGUAAACUAGCCGUUAUGCCUGCAAUGAAAGAUGAGGAGGGUCGAGACAUAAACCCUCAUAUCCCUCAGUACAUUAUGCAAGCGCCCUGGUACUAUGGAGCACUUCAGCCGACUUUGAGACAUCAACGGAUGCAAGAUGAGCAAAAAAGGGUUGAGGCAUCUGGGACGAUGAAGGGUUCUUCGGCCCUUGACAAGUGGUAUAAAAAGGGCCUGCCACCCGAUGCUCCACGUGCGAAGAAGUAUCGGGAUGGGGCAUGCGAAAAUUGUGGGUCGAUGACACACAAAAGACGCGAUUGCUUAGAAAGACCCAGGAAAGUUGGCGCGAAGUACACUGGUCUUGAUAUCGCACCAGACGAAUAUCUACAGGAAGAACUCCAGUUGUCAUACGAUGCCAAGCGUGACCGGUGGAACGGAUACGAUCCAAGGGAACAUCAGCGUCUUAUUUUAGAAUCCCAAAGGCUAGAGGAGGCGCGAAAAUUGGUUAAGGCCAAAAAGCUGGAGGAGAAGCUAGCUGCUGCCGGCACUCAAUCGAAAGGCCAAGUAAGCUCCGAUUUUCGCAGCAUUACAGUUUUCAUUUAUUUUUUUAACCUGUCAUAGUGAGCCAUUCAUUUCCUAUUUUAAAGGGUUUCAAUCUCACCUUAGUGUUGCACUUUCUUUAUAGAAACUGUAGUUCUCCAGGUCCUGAGGAGCACCUUUUUAGAGGAUUUUCCUAGUUUAUACACUAGAUACAGAUGCCCCACACCACUUCGACGCUUCACUUAUGGUCGUCAGUUUAAACUACUAGCUAGCGGAAUUCAGAAUAGGUGUGAAAUGCGCCUACUCCUUUUUCGCAUGGAGAUUUAGUUUUAGCAUAGUUUAUCUUUGCGUCGGAAAAGAAUUGCCUGCGGGGACGGUCUUGUCUGCAGCAGGAUGGAUAUUCUUUGGUUCGCCCGGUGUCGAGCAAAAUAUCAACUAAAUCUUGGAGGCUGCUACAUCGUUUGUUAUGUCAAGCUUUCUUUUUUUACAAUGCCAAAGGACCGACCUCGGAGUGUUGGUCUCGAUACUCCCCACAAAUCUUUAUUUUGUUUCUUCUCCAACGUGUGGUCAAUGCUGAAGAAAGAAAAUUGCCUACUGUUGUCUGUCGCCCACAAAUGCUGCCUUGGUUUCUUGUUCGUUUUAUUGUCAUGGAUAUCCUUCGUCAGAUGCAGCACCAUAAAUCAAAGUCGUUCUUAAAAUUAUGUAAAGAGUGUUACUCACACGAAGGGCAGCAGGCUUACCGGUGUAAAACAAGGACUGGGACUGGUAGGGCAGUUUUUUGGAGGGGAAGGGGAGGAAGAAUUCAUGCAUUAAGUCAUGCCAUGAUCGCACGGGUUACGUUCGCCUUCAGAAAACAUCUGCGCUGUCAUCUCCCUAUGAAAAGACAGCGGCGUUUUUAUGCACAAUUGGAGCUUGAAGGCGUGUACCACUGCGACAUAGUAUAGUACUAUCACAUGCAUAGGCUAGUUAAAUGACAACUUUGCGAAGACGGAUUAAAAUUCUACAAAACACUCGGAAAUCGUAGUCGAUACCUAAUUUCCAGACAGGCUCAGCCUCCGAAGACUAUUUACCGUGCGUCAGGAUAGAUGGGAAACGACUUUGCAGCCAUCGUAGAUCUACAUCCUUGUAAUUGAGCUUGCACAGCAGGUGUAGUCGUUGCUGUGCAAUAACCCAUAUCGGCGUCGAGAGUAGUCAAGGUAUACGCCACACAGGUAAGGUAGGUCCGGCUAUGGGAUUGUGAUAGACACCUGCCCGUGCAGUUGAUAGAAAGAAGCAGCGGGCAUGGACCCAGGUUUUACAACUGCUGCAGUGGGCGCUUCGAUCAUUAUAGCCCACGUUGGAGUCUCAGGCGCCGCACCAGUAGGUGAGCCAGCAUGGUCUGCCCAUUGUUAGGAGGGGUUUUGUUGACUUAGAGACUGGCUGUAGCAGUAGCUAAGGAGAUUACUGGCGAGUCCCACUAUCUUAUGACGACCUGCCAGCCUAAGUUCCACUUUCUUGUACAAGCAAGGGGUUACAGGCGCUACUGACUGCAAAACGUUAAGCGGUUGGGCAAUACCAUGCACAACCGGAUUAUUAGCGUCCUUCAGGGUCCACUGGUUACCUCGCGCGCGUUCCAGUUCGGGAUGCGAUGGAAACAAGGGCAUUAUACAAAUGCGCACCCUAUGGUUUCUGCUCCAUCGUCGUAUUUUCCUCAAGCAUCUUUGUCAGGACGACCAUCGCUCUCUUGGCUUUUGUAUUCAGGAUGAUGAACACUCUGUAGCAAUUACUGGCGCGCGAAAGCACACUCAGAAUUCCCCUGUAGUUUUUUUGUUAUUUGCAAGCCUUAGACAGACGAUCGUGUCUUAUUGCGUGACUCCGAGUACUCCUCCGAAUGGUCUUGCGAUGUCACACUGUUCGCUUAACACUAACAGACAGUCGUACAUGUUAUCUGGGAAUUCGGACCUAGGUUAGUAAGCAACACUUGGUCGUCAGUGGGUAUUAUUGGCUGCCACUGGGCCUUGCGGGUGUUUAUGAAAGAAAGGCUAGUUUAUCACUUCCACUCUAUGUCGUAGCAGUCGUCGCUGUUGCAUGCGUCUCCGUUUCAGCCUCCUUCGUUGGCACUUAGCAUUAGAGAACAGCCUUUAUCUCAUCAAUGAUGAUGCUCAUAAAGAUCUGCGGUUCUGGACACACUGUGUUGGAUCCUGUUGCCGUCGUUGGGUGUUAGCUCACUGACUGCCUGGUAUGGUAACCUGAAGACGUUAGUUUUUUAUCGACCACCGACGCGGAAACCCGCACUCUUUGUCCUCGCUGUCUGUUCGUUGACCCACUCAGAGUUCGCCGCGUCUCUUUUCUUCCCGUCAGACGUCCAAUUUAGUCAGUUAAUAGCCAUGUUUUUUUAUUAGAAACCUGGAAUCCCCGUGACCUAAUUAGCCUGCCUGUUGCAGUUCGAUUUACAAGCUUAGCAGUAUAUUAAUAAAGUCUUGACUUCGAUUAACGUCACUUUCACUCUAUGCUUUUUCCUCGAUAGGAAGAACCCGCGGCAUCCGCCGCCGCCCCCGUCCUCGAAGAUGACGGCGACCUUGAAGACGACGACGAUCGUUAUGGUGACGAGCUGGAUAUGCCCGGCCAGAAGUUCGACAGUAAACAGCGUCAAUCCAUCAGAAAUUUGCGAAUUCGUGAAGACACAGCGAAGUAUCUGUUCAAUCUCGACCCCAACAGUGCCUACUAUGAUCCAAAAACGCGUGCUAUGCGCGAGAACCCCUUCGAAAAUUCCGGCAAACCAGAAUCCGAGGUACCCUUUGCUGGGGACAAUUUCAUCCGCGACAAUGAUGAGGCGCUGGCCAUGCUCAAUCGUCAGGUUUUUGCCUGGGAAAUGCACAACAAAUUGGGCUUGGACCUGCAUCUGCAGGCAGAUCCUACUAGACUGGAGAUGCUUGCCAUGCAAGUGUCCUCAGCCAAAAAUCAGGUCCAGUCGCAUAUCCGCGAGGAGAUCCUUGACCGCUAUGGAGGUCGCGAGCACUUCGAGGCCCCGCCCCGGGACCUGCUUUUGGGCCAGUGGGAAACUUACGCGGAGUACACGCCCACCGGCCGUGUACUCAAGGGUCUUGAGAAACCCUCUGUUACUUCCAGAUACGAAGAGGACGUCUACAUCAACAAUCAUACGGUAAGCUUUGAUCCUCAUUUGACGUCUCCUCAUAUGGACUAUUAACUUAGGUUUCGGUCCCACUUUUAGGUGGUUUUGCAAAACUUUUGCGUUGUCUGCUCUUUAUUAGCCAGAGUUUUGCGCGCUGAGCAAGUGGCCUUGGUUGUGAUGGUAUUAAGAAAGUGGGUCAUAUGUGAGCUUUUAUUUCGUUGGCGAUUGCAAGAUGUCGUGUGCGUUAAUGCCGCGAGUUUUAGGCGGUCAAGGGCGUUCGCUGAGGUUAUGCCACCGUUACCAAGUGGGUUGUGUCAAUAAGGCGGUUGAGAACCGCCUCAAACGCGUACCAGUCAUUGCUUGAAUUACAAUAGGAGUAAAGGCUUGCUGGGAUUCUUCCAAGUCUUUUGUCAGUGGAGUACUGCGUCAUCACGUUGACAUGGAGACAUCGGCGACGUGAAACAGUCAUCAUUUAGGCCAUCCUCCAUUGCACCUGACUUCGGCUAUUGCAUAUUACAGUUCAACCAAAUCAUAAAUACCUACCGUGCGCUGUGGUCUGUCGGUAAUAUAUUUCCGCUCAAAGUUUGUAGUUCCUAUACUUUCAACCAUCCUACUCAACAAUGGGAGUUCGGACGCGCUGAUCUCCGCGAAUACUGUAGCAAAACGGAAAUUCGUGGUGCUGCCCCCAUCUUGGUCAAAGAGGUCUAGGAUCUCAGUGCAUAUCAAAUCCAAUGGCUUCUAAGAAAUAGCAGCAAGUAUUGGAAAAACAGAUACCGAGGUUAUGGGGCGAGCAUGUCUCAUCUCGGCCCGCAACGCAGCUAUGGCGAAUGGGUCUUACUGAUGGCUCUUUUUCCGCGUGCCACAGGGCAACCAUUGGAGUUUCUGGCAUUUUAUAAGGCAGUUGAUUUCCCCGAUCGUACUCCACUGGCCAAAUAGUAGUUUUUAUUCAGACUCAGGAGCUUGCUUCACAGAUAACUAUCGCCAGAGGGCGUUCAACUGUUUUGCAUCCAGAAUGGCGUUACCGACGAAGACAAGGGAGACUGGAAUGGCCAUUUCUGGCCUAUUAGCUGUCGUCAGCCAGUCAUACCCAACCCCGAAGUGUGGCACACCCGAGGCUCGAACUCGCGACCUCUUUGUUAGAAGUCCACGCCUCUAACCACUGAGCCACGAGCCCGUUGCCCUGUCGGUUUUCGAUCGGUCUGCCUAUGUCAUGCGCCGCUGUGCGGCUGCUGGUUGGGCUCGAGAGAGAGCCCGUAGGGCACAACGGAACGAGUGAGUUCCGUAAGAACGUCCGGUGAGCGCCCCCUACCAUUGACGUGUCCCGUAGCCGCCAGGCAGCCCGCGCCUUUCUGGUCCCCUACAGCAGCAGAACUAAUGAAUACAUGUGAUGUCUUGAACUUCUAUAAUAUACUAUCAGAGUUUCGGUCGAUUGCAUGGUAGUUAGUCUCAUAACCCCCGGACUAUUAAUCAGAAUCGCAGCUCGAGUCAUAAUUCUGUUAGCUCUGGGUCACACAUGGCUGUGCCUGGGAAGUGAUUCCCUUCACCCCGUUCCUUAAGUAUUCAUAACUAGAAGAGUGUUGAAAUUCCUCGUUAGACAACAUACUGGAUUUUUUUUCCCUGUCUUUUCAGUCUGUGUGGGGCUCCUAUUGGUACGCUGGUCAGUGGGGCUACAAGUGCUGCCAGUCCCUCAUUAAGGAGUCCUACUGCACUGGCGCGAAGGGCAAGUCGACGUCCACAUCGUCAUCUGUUCCGCCCAUGGCUCUGCCUGAAGUACCGGCUGGCGCUUCAGGUACCAGUCUGCUCGCGCCAGUACGCCUGCCACACCCGGACUCCUCUAGCGGCGAAGAGGACGAGCAGCACCAGCAGGAAUCCACCUCUAAGAGCAAAAGGAUGAAGAAGAGCAAGAAGGGCAAGUCUCGGCACAGUUCUGAGAGCGCGACAGAUAAGCCUUCCCCCGAGAGGGAAGCGCACUCUGAGAGGGAUGUUCAGCUUGAGGAGACAGCGGAGGAAGAGAGGGGAGAAGAGGGAGUGGACAAGAAGGCAGAAGCAGACGAUACUGCAAGCCAGGAGGAGGAGGAAGCGCGCAGGGAUGUGGAACGUCUGCAAAAGGAACGCGAAGCCGAUAAGCAGCGUUCCGACGCGCGCCGUGAGGUCCUUAGAGCUCGAAGGGCCAAGAAAAGGAGGAAGAACAAGGAAAAGAAGAAGUCACAGAAGAAGACCAAGGGCAAGAGAUCCAAACGAAGGCGGUCCUCUUCCUCAUCCUCUUCAUCCAGCUCCAGCUCCAGCAGCAGUAGUAGCAGCGAAUCCGAGUCUGAGACAGAAGACUCGGAGAAGGCCCGUGAACGCAGAAUUCUUGAGGCCAUGGAAAAGGAGAAGAAGCGUCAGGCUGAGGUAGACCGUCUGAUGAAGAUGGACGAGCGUGACCGACCCUACAAUUCCCUGGGCGAGGUGAAGAUGCCCACGGAGGAGGAGAUGGAGGCCUACUAUCGUACUCGCCGAAACCCAAACGACCCAAUGGCCGAUUUUAUGUAG